GUCUGAACCUUCUCUUGACGUCUAGUCUCUCUGUUGAGGUGCACACGGAUUGACCACUCCUUUGGGCUUUUCUGUUUUCCUUGGAUAUUUAGGGGGGGGAAAGCCAAUCCACAAACAUGACUGACGCGCAACAGGAGGCCCGCUCCUACUUGAGCGAGGAAAUGUUGGCUGAAUUCAAGGCCGCAUUCGACAUGUUCGACACCGACGGUGGCGGUGAUAUCAGCACUAAGGAGUUGGGUACCGUGAUGAGAAUGCUGGGCCAGAAUCCGACAAGAGAGGAGUUGGAUGAGAUCAUCGAGGAGGUAGAUGAGGAUGGUAGCGGUACCAUUGACUUUGAGGAGUUCUUGGUCAUGAUGGUGAGGCUGCUCAAGGAGGACCAGGCCGGCAAGAGCGAGGAAGAGUUGGCAGAGUGCUUCCGUGUGUUCGACAAGAACGGCGACGGCUACAUCGACAGAGAAGAGUUCGCUCUCAUCAUCCGCAGCUCCGGAGAGUCCAUCACAGAGGAUGAGAUUGAUGAGCUGCUGAAGGAUGGAGACAAGAACGCCGACGGCAUGUUGGACUUUGACGAAUUCCUCAAGAUGAUGGAGAAUGUGCAGUAAUACAAGAAAGACUCAUGGACAUUCCUCCACCUGUGAACCCUCUUUCUGGAUACAUCUGCACCACUCAUGUCCCAUUGACCCACCAAAAUUCCCAUCCACAGUCCCCUUUCUCCUGUCCAUCUGGUUCACUGCUUCUCUUCUCCAUCCUUGUAGACAUCCUCAACAGACAGCUAGGACACCUGCGAGGGGCGCUGGCUGGGCAACGUUCAUCCUAUACGCAGACAGCCCAUUGUACUCUGUGCCAGGAUAGUGAGGCUGUAGUGAGGAAAUUCACUGCACCCACAGUCUGCAGUAUGCAUGAUGUACAAUGUCACCAGCAACUCCCUGCCCCUUUUUGGUUUUUUGCUGGUAAAGCUCUGAUCUAGAUGUAGUCUAGAUAGAUGGGCAGCCUGUUACCUGCUGCUUAGACCAAUUAAAUCAAACACUUCACUGUAUAAAGAAGUAAUUUGCUUGAAGAGAAUAAAUGAACUAACACAUGCUCACUUGUAGUUGGUCUGUUAUAUUUAUGGUCUGUGUAAAAAGUGUUUUGAGGAAUUUAAAUAAAGUCUGUUUAUUUCUU